AUGGCGAGUAGUUGCGGGCGAGGCUGCGCAAACAUAGGAACGGUAAAAUCACGGCAGAACGAUGUUGGCAUUCAGACCAGCGCUCUUUCCCUGUUCCUACCGCAUCACAUGCGUGUUUGCAGGUUAGCGAGACGAGGAAUAGCGUGCCGGAAGAACCGGUGGCAGAGCGCAUGCACGGCUACCACAGCGAUAAACGAAAAGUCCAGCAAUCCAUGCACUGCCCGCACGUAUCGUGUUGCUCUCUGCAGAUCCGCACUGUCAUCUGGUACGGAUGAUAGCCAUGCUCGUUCAUCCGAGCCGUUUGUUGCGAUACGAGGAACGGCUGAGGCAGCAAGUAAUUUAGUCCAACUCAGCUUGAUGUGCUGCGCCACGCUCUCCAUGAGUAACUUUCUGCAGGUUGCUGCCGGCCAUAUCUCAGAGAAGGCUGAUUUGUUGACCGCUGCUUCAUACAAUGUCUCUUCUCGUACACACCAUGACUCGUUCUGCCUCUUCUCUGCUGCACGUUUUGUGCGCGUGAAAACCGCACCCCGAUGA